GGUUCCAUUUUAAAUACGGAAGUAGACGUGUUUUGAAUUCAUUCUUCACUUUUAUAAUCAACCAUCGCUGUCAGAUAUUUUGUUUUUGCUGUGAGAUUAUCUUUCGAGAAUGGGUUCUGUUGGAUUUUCUCUGUUGACAAUAACCAUUUUCAUAAUGAGUCAACAACUAGUUAAUUCGCUGGACAAUGGGCUCGCACUGACACCAACAAUGGGCUGGCUACAUUGGGAAAGAUUCAUGUGUAAUGUUGACUGCAGCACGGACCCUAACAAUUGCAUCAGUGAGCGGCUGUACAUGCAGAUGGCAGACGUGAUGGUGAAGGAAGGUUGGAUGGAGGCUGGGUAUGAGUAUGUGUGCAUAGAUGACUGCUGGCCUUCUAAGCAACGUGACGCCAAAGGACGCCUGCAAGCAGACCCCAAGAGGUUCCCAGGGGGCAUCUCAAAGCUAGCUGACUAUGUCCAUUCUAAAGGUCUGAAGUUGGGCAUCUAUGCAGAUGUGGGCACCAGCACGUGUGCAGGCUACCCUGGGAGUAUGGGCCACUAUGAUACAGAUGCUCAGACCUUUGCAGACUGGGGUGUGGAUCUUCUCAAAUUUGACGGCUGCUACUUGGACUGGACUUUACUGGGAGAGGGCUACAGGAACAUGUCAAAAGCUUUGAACAAAACUGGAAGCAGCAUCCUGUAUUCCUGUGAGUGGCCACUGUAUGAGUGGUCGUAUAAACAGCCUAACUACACAGCCAUUCGGGAGGCGUGUAACCACUGGCGCAACUCUGCAGACAUCUACGACUCGUGGUCCAGUGUGAAGUCCAUCUUGGACUGGUCAGGUGAUCAUCAGGACAUCAUCGUGCCCUCGGCCGGCCCUGGGGGCUGGAAUGACCCUGACAUGCUUGUGAUCGGUAACUUCGGGCUGAGUCAUGCUCAACAGGAGUCACAGAUGGCGAUGUGGGCCAUCAUGGCUGCUCCUCUGCUGAUGUCCAAUGACCUGAGAGACAUCUGCCCCAGGUCCAAGGAGCUGCUACAGAACCGCCACAUCAUUGCCAUUAACCAGGACCCACUUGGCAGGCAAGGUUACCGCUCCAUCAAGUCGAACAGUCUGGAGGUGUGGGAGAGGCCCUUGUCCAGAGGAAGAAUGGCUCUGGCUGUAUGGAACAGGCAGGAGAUUGGCGGUCCACAGGGUUUUAACCCAGUCUUACUGCCAAGCUGGAAGAUCUGUCACCCCCAGUGUAACGUCACACAGGUUCUGCCCAGCUACAAGGAGCUGGGGGUACUGACCCCUGACAGCAGGGUAGUAGUGAAUGUGAACCCCUCUGGAACUGCCUUGUUGACCAUCUCUCCAGUUGAAGGCCACGUCAAGAGAGAUCAGAACAUGCAGUGGCUGAACACGCCUGUCAAACUGAAGAACUCAGCUCUGUAGUCUACCAAGUUUGUACACUACAUUCAAUCACUGCACUUUAAAUCAAGGGGAUGCAAAGCCCAACAGUAAAUUGCCUUUUAGUUUCUAUGAUGUAAAUGUAACAGUAAACUUGUGCUUUUGAUUUUUUAAUCGGUUUCAUCUUUAUAUUUAACGAAGAGAUGCUUGGAUCACCUUUGGGGGUCCUCUUGGCUCGUCUGAUGAAAAAACACUGGCUUUCAUAAAAUAAGUACCCUACUAGUACCCUGUCUACAUAUGAAGACACUUGUAAUCAUGUCAUACCGUUGGAGGCUGGGCAAACCAAUGAAGCCAAUUUUGUUUCCUUCCAGAAAAGGACUAGCCUGAUUUGGCACUCAGAGCACCUCUUCUCUUCAAUUAUUGGGGGUGCAGGUGGCUGAGCGAAUAGGGAAUCGGGCUAAUAAUCAGAAGGUUGCCGGAUUGAUUCCCAGUCAUGCAAAAUUAAGUUGCGUCCUUGGGCAAGGCACUUCACCCUCCUUGCCUCGGGGGAAAUGUCCCUGUACUUACUGUAAGUCGCUCUGGAUAAGAGUCUGCUAAAUGAAAAUUAUGGAGGCUCACAGUUUCAACUUUCAAAAUUGGGUUGAAAAUGUAUCAGUUCUACGGCUGCUUAAGUAUACUUUAAAGCUUCAUGACAAAUAAUGCAAUCCUAAAGUAUACAUAUAGCAUAUAACUUUAAAUGACAAAGUAUCCAUACAUAUGCCUAGAUUUCAUAACUUAAUUUUCAAAUAUGUAAACCUGUUACUGUGUAUUGUUUCUAGUUAGUGUCUAGGACUACAUUAAAUACACUUUGGACUGCAAAAUGA